UAUUAUUCUUUUUGCCAGAGACUUCUUCCGGUCUGAACAUACUAGUGGUGAUUGACACAAAUAUAAUGAUUAGUCAUCUUGAGUUUGUAAAGUCCCUGAAAUCUGAGGAUAUACCAGGGGUUGGCAAACUUUCCUUGAUUAUUCCUUGGGUUGUUUUACAAGAGUUGGACAACUUGAAGAAGGGGAAGAUGUUAGUGCAUGUUCGACAGAAGGCUGUUCCUGCAGUCCAGUUCAUCUGUGCGUGUCUCAAAAAUCAGGAUCCAAAACUGUGGGGGCAAUCCAUGCAACUUGCUUCACAAAAAAUAUAUGGCCUGAGUGAUGAGAACAACGAUGAUCGUGUUUUACAGUGUUGUCUGCAGUACCAGAGCCUCUUUCCUCAAGCUGUUGUUAUACUGUGCACAGAUGACAAAAAUUUAUGCAAUAAAGCUAUUGUGUGUGAGGUCAAGGCACUCUGUAAAGUGGAUUUGGUUACUGCUCUACUGAAUCUGAAUGUAAACAAGCAUCUGAACUGCCUGAAACUACAGCAGUCAAAAUGUGAUAGAGAAUUCCAGAAAACAGAAAUUAAAUACAUUCAAUGUUUGCUUCUAAACUUUUAUAAGGUGAGGCCAGACAGUGAGCAGAAUUUAUCUGAAGACAGCAUGGUUCUUUCAAAAAGUUCUCUAUGUGAAAGAAUGGAAGAAACAACACCAAGUCUUCAAAACUGUGAAGAAAAAAGGCUGCCUGCAAGCAUGCACGUUGCUCAAGAAGACAGGCACCAGGAAAUCUGGUCAGUCCUUGAAGGUGUAUGGAAUACAAUGAAUUUGUACAGGCUUGAAAUUUUCCAGAAGUUAGAGUCUAACACAGUAAUUGUGAAGUCUUCAUUUGAAGAAGCUUUUUCAGGACUGCAGAAACUGUUAGCAGCUGUGAAUUAUAUCCUUGAAGGAAUUCGUAGAGUUCUGGCCCCAAACAGUAGUUUCCAAGAUAUUUGGACACUGUAUAACUUCCUUAUAAGCCAUGAGAGGAAGAUUAGAGGUGGGCUGUUGCCAACUGGCUGAACUGCAUCACAACAUCAAGCAGCAUCAUGCAUCUGCACACAUGGAAGCAAAGACCAGGGGGUGGCUGUGACACCAAGGUCUGUAACCACAGUGCUCACCCUUGAUUUUGGUCCAAAUGAAGUCAGAAGAGCACUGAGAGGGAAUGUUCAAGAAGCCAAAACUGCCUUCUUUUUUUCUCAACGGUGCUGUUUUAUAAUUGAGUUGAAGGAAAAAAAAGAAAAAAAAAAGAUAUUUUGACUCUUAACUAGUAGCAUUUCCUGUUUCAAGUGAAGAUCUCUGGUCUGAUAAAAGUUUUGUGAUAUACCAAGUUGGAAGCUAGAGCUGUUAUUAAUGAUUAUGUGGUUAUAUAGAAAAAUCAGUAAGUCUGGGGUUUUUUGCUGAUUUUUUUUUUUUGGAAGUAAAGUGCUGGGGAAAAAAAAAAUAUCCACUCUUGAAAGGAGUGGAAUGAGCACAGUUGAAUGCAAAGCCUUAGAGGCACAAUGCUUGCCAUUCCCAUAGCUAGGAAGGAUUUAAACACAAAUGCAGUGUGUGAAUCCUGCAUACUGCACUAUGGUAAGGCUAGAGAGAGAAGGUAAGGAAAGAAGUGGAUUGAUGCUCGCUGUCAUGUAGAUGUUUGUCCUGGGCCUUUCUUUAGUGCUUUUGUCAGAAUAUCCUGAAUACAUUUUCCAUCAAAAAAUCUGUUAAAAGCAUUGAAACCUGAAGUGUAUGUAAUUAGGCAUGUGAAUGAUACUUCAAAAAAAAAAAAAAAAAAAAGAAAAAAACCCUUGAAAUGUUAUCAAAUUGAAAGUGGUGCUUUUCCUUUUUUAAAAUAUCCACUUAAUCUUCAUACAG